AUGACCAAUGUCACCACAGUGACAGAAUACCUGCUCCUGGGGUUCUCAGAGGUUCGGGAGCUACAGCUGGUCCAUGCCGUGCUGUUCCUCCUCCUCUUCCUGGCGGCCCUGACGAGGAAUCUCCUCAUCGUCGCCAUCACCACCCUCGACCAGCGCCUCCACACCUCCAUGUACUUCUUCCCCAGGAAUCUGUCCGUCCUCGAACUCUUUCUCCUCUCUGUCACCAUCCUUAAAUCCAUCCACAACUCCUUGACUAAUGACAGAUCCAUCUCUUUCCUGGGCACUGGACGUUUUCCUCCUGGUGAUCUGCUCCACCUCUUAAUAAUAAUUGUGGAAUUUGUUAAACUCUGA